ACCUGAAAUUGAAAUACUGGAGAAGUCGAAGGGGAUGCCAGAAGACGUCCAUGGUAUUCUACCAAAGUCAAGCUCACUGUACAAGUUGUGGCCGUUUAUGGACGAGGCUGGCGUGAUGCGAAAAAGAAGUCGACUUGCGACCGCUGACUGGCUGCCAUUUCAUACUAAGUAUCCGGUCAUUCUACCUCGACAACAUCAGGUCACUUUUCUUCUCGUGGACUUCUUCCACCGUCGGUUUUGUCACCAAAAUCGUGAAACAAUUGUUAAUGAGAUGCGGCAGUUCUACGAGAUCCCGAGGCUUCGUUCGGUUGUGUGCAAGGUAAUAGAAAAUUGUAUGGCUUGUCGAAUCCGUCGGGCAAUUCCCAACGCGCCUCCAAUGGCACCGUUGCCAAAGGUUCGUGUAACUCCAUAUGUGCGACCAUUCACAUUUGUCGGAGUUGACUACUUCGGCCCGGUACUGGUGAAAAUAGGAAGAAGCAACGCUAAACGGUGGAUAGCUUUAUUCACUUGCUUAACAGUUCGAGCUGUGCAUUUGGAGAUCGUAUACAGUUUGUCCAAAGAAUCAUGCGUAAUGGCUGUAAGGAGGUUUGUGUCCCGGCGAGGAGCACCAGCUGAAAUAUUUAGCGAUAAUGGCACUAAUUUUGUCGGUGCCAACAAUCAGUUGAAACAAGAGAUCGGAGAAUUGCAUCAACACCUGGCCUCAACUUUCACAAACACCAGAACCCGUUGGUCGUUUAACCCUCCCGGUGCUCCUCAUAUGGGCGGGGCAUGGGAAAGGAUGGUUCGUUCAGUGAAGGUAGCAAUCGGUGGAAUACUGGAAGCGCAGCGACGUCCGGAUGAUGAGGUUUUGGAGACAGUUGUGAUAGAGGCGGAGGCAAUGAUCAACUCGCGUCCGCUGACUUACAUACCGUUAGAAUCGGCGGAUCAGGAGUCUCUAACGCCAAACCAUUUCAUACUAGGCAGCUCAAAUGGAGUGAAGCAGAUGCCAGUAUUACCGACAGAUUAUCAAUCGUCGUUGAGAAACGGAUGGAAGCUUGCACAGCAUUUAUCGGAUAGUGUAUGGAGAAGAUGGAUCAAGGAAUAUUUGCCGGUGAUAUCCAGAAGGUCAAAAUGGUUCGAGGAAGUGAAGGAAGUGGCUGAAGGGGAUUUAGUGUUGAUCGUUGACGGUAAGAUACGUAACCAGUGGAUAAGAGGAAAGGUAGAGAAGGUGGUACAAGGAAAGGAUGGAAGAGUACGACAAGCCUGGGUACGGACGGCGAGCGGAAUUCUGAGGAGACCAGCGGUGAAGUUGGCGUUACUCGACGUCGUAAAAGGAGAGAAACCAGAAGUUGACCACGAUGGUUUACGGGUGGGGGGAUGUGACGGCGAUUAUCACCAUACCCAUCUCGAUAUAAGAAAAGAACCAUAGGGCAUAUACGAAUAGCUACCGACAGGCCGAGAAAUGUCAUGGGAAGUUCAUGUCACUGUAAUGUCAUGUAUCGAUAUCAUCAAAAGUGCAAGUAAUACGGUAGCUCAAUCAGUAAAAGCUAAUUAUCUACAAUUAAUCCUAAAUCUAAAACUAAAUAUUGAAUAAGUAAGAGAAUUUGUGGAAUAAAUAAAGCUUAUAUUAUCUACCUACUUAAUCUCGAGCUUAAUCUAAAGUUGAUAAAACUAAGGGAAAUUAGAAAGGAGAAGACUGAUAAAAUUCUAAAGCUGUUCCCAUCCAACCUCGAAUUUCGUGGGACGCUAAAAGAAAUCAUCUUCAUAACA